AUGUACCAUCAAAGUGCACGCCAAGCGAGGUACGAGAUAGUUGCCUCGUUAAUAACAACCAAAAUGAAGGAUGGAGAGUCCAUCACGACCCAUUUGCAAAGAAUUCAAGGAUACGUGGAUCGUUUGCUCAAGUUGAAUGUCAACUUCGAUGAAGAGUUGUCCAUUGAUAUUAUCCUCAACUCAUUACCUCCUUGUUAUGAACAGUUCAAUAUGAAUUAUCAUAUUAACAAGGAUGAGGUGACCUUGAGCAAACUUCAAGGGUUGUUAAGAACUACUGAAACCGGAUUUAAAGGCAAAGCUGUCACAUCAACUCCUACUGUUGUUGCCCCAGUCUUGGCAAUUGGACAAGGAAAAGGGAAGAAGAGGAAAGCUCCUUCUAAGAUCCACAAGCGAAAGUCUCAUGAUGGUUCUUCUUCAAGUGGAACCAAUGGAGGUUCUGCUGCUCCUUUGUCUAAUCCAAAAGAAGUAGAGUGA